GAAUGGCGCUCGGCGCGGUAUUUUGAACAAUCGCCUUUUCCUUUCCUCGUUUUAUCUGGAAACGUCGCCCAGCGUAAAAAUCUCUGGGUUAACAGAGAGCUGAGACUUUGCAAGCAUGGAUGUGGUGUCACCAGAGCUCAACAGCCUCCUUCCUGAUGAGAUCAUGGAUACUGAGGCCAUAGAGGACGUCCCUCACUCCCAACCUGACGCCGCCACAGUCGAGUCAGAGCCCAGUGACGAUACAUCGGUCCCGAUGGAAACGGAUACACCUGUGGCUUCAGAAAAUUUGAGCCUGUGUUCAGAUGCCGCUGCAACAGAACCCACUCAGGUUCUAACCACCUCCGUGGCCCCAGACUCUACCCUCAGCAUCAGCUCGGGAAGUCAGAUUCCUGUCUCCAUUUCCAGUUCAUCCUCACCCCUUCUUACCCUAAAACCAGCCCUGGCUACUUCCACAGCCACUACCAAAACUACAGAUAGUGUGACUGGGACUGUCUCUACAAGUGGGCUACAGAAACUCACGGCUCCGUUCACCAUCUCUCCCGCAAACCAUCAGAUCAUUCUCAACAAGGUGGCCUCAUCUCAAGCCACAGAGGCAGCAAAGUCUGCAGGCACCCCUCCCCAGGUCAUCAAGCAGGAAGGACAAAAACUCUUGGUUACAGCCAUUGGAAAAUCGGGGCAACCUAUAGUGCUGCAGUUACCCCACACAGGCAGCAAGCCUGGCAUUUCACAGGCCUCAGGAGACACCAAGGCUCAAGCACCACAGUUUAAAGUGGUGACCAUUGGUGGGAGGUCGGAGCUGAAGCCUGUGGUGGGCAGUGCUAGCAACCAGGUGACCACAUUACAGGCCCAGCAGCUGAAGGCAGUACAGAUUACUAAGAAAACACCAACAUCCUCAGCUGCACCAAUCAAGUUCAUCAUCACAAAAACUGUUAACAGCAAAGGCCUGAGUCCGCAGACAUCAGUUCCUCCUGUUAUUGCUGGACGAGUCUUAACACAGAAUUCCCCAGUGAUGCCCCCAAGGACCAUUACGCUGUCUGAACCCCACAACACUACUAUACAGAGCAUCCCUGGGAAAAAGAUUGCCAUUUCACCUCUUAAGAGUCCCAGCAAGGUAACUGUGGUGUCUGUGGCUUCCCCGACCUCCAACACCUCUCAGAAGUCAGUAGCUCUGCCCGUCAAUGUAGCACUCGGCCAGCAGAUCCUCACAGUCCAGCAGUCCACGUCUGCAUCUCCCGUCAAGGUGGCCACCAACCAAACCGCAGCACAGAAUAUUAAACCAGUGCAGUCUGUGGCUGUGGGAGGAGUCGGUGGCUCCCAGUUCAAGACCAUCAUCCCACUGGCCACCCAGCCGAAUGUACAGCAGAUUCAGGUGCCAGGAAGCCGGUUUCACUAUGUCCGCCUCGUCACAGCGACCACGGCGAGCAGCACAGGACAGCCCAGUGGUCCCAGCACCAGCUCCAUACAGACAGCUAAACCUAUGGUGGUCAGUGCAGGAGCAGUGAGGAUGUCGGUCCCCAUCGUCCCAGCACAGACCAUGAAACAGGUGGCACCUAAGCCCUUAACAUCAGCAGCACAAGUAGUAACCACCACUCAGACCCAGCAACGCCUGAUCAUGCCUGCAACUCCGCUACCCCAGAUCCAGCCCAACUUCACCAACCUCCCCCCAGGCACCGUCCUGGCACCAGCUCCCGGAGGCGGGAACGUGGGCUACGCAGUCGUGCCAGCACAAUAUGUAACACAGCUCCAGCAGUCACCUUUUGUGACCCUGGCCAGCAGCUCUGGUUUCCCUGCGCCCGCUGGUAUCCAGACUCAGGCCAGACUGCCACUUAAUGGCCUGUCGACAGCAGAAACAACCUCAAGACCAAGGAAACCGUGCAACUGCACCAAGUCACAGUGUCUCAAGCUAUACUGUGACUGCUUUGCAAAUGGAGAGUUCUGCAAUAAUUGUAACUGCAAUAACUGCUUCAAUAACCUGGAGCAUGAAACAGAACGUCUCAAAGCUAUCAAGACGUGUCUGGACCGGAAUCCAGAGGCCUUCAAACCUAAGAUCGGUAAAGGUAAAGAGGGAGAGUCGGAUCGUCGGCACAGCAAAGGGUGCAACUGCAAACGAUCAGGCUGCCUGAAGAACUACUGCGAGUGCUACGAGGCGAAGAUCAUGUGCUCGUCCAUUUGUAAAUGCAUCGGCUGCAAGAACUUUGAGGAGAGCCCGGAGAGGAAGACGCUGAUGCACUUGGCCGACGCAGCUGAAGUGAGAGUACAGCAGCAGACGGCAGCCAAGACCAAGCUGUCCUCACAGAUCUCAGACCUGCUCAUGCGGACGACACCUGUUAUUUCAAGUGGAGGCGGGAGGCUGCCGUACACGUUUGUAACAAAGGAGGUGCUGGAAGCAACGUGCGAGUGUCUGCUGGAACAGGCCAAAAAGGCAGAACAGACUCAUCAGCCUCAGGCCGAAGCGGAGAGGAUGAUCCUGGAGGAGUUCGGACACUGCCUCAUGAGGAUAAUCAGUUCGGCAGGAAAAGCCAAAGCAGACUGUGCAUCCAUCAACUGCUAGGCCGAGCACUCGUAAGGUCCUCCACUCUCUUACCGGCCCUCGGCUGUGGGGGCCGAGAGGCAUGGAUUACUCAGCACUCUGUCUCGGACCCCUGGGGUUUCUCUCCUGCAGGGAAACAGGUUGUCUCCCUCAUCAGAAGGUAGAACAAUGGCCUGAUAGUAGACAGAUCCCCCUGCCUGGGCCAGACUGAGGCCAGCUGGAAUAAUAAACAUGGAACAGGUGUUUGGGCUGUUCACCUACUAACUGAAGGACAAAUGGACAGAGCAAACUGCCUCUGAAGGAUCUGCCUUCAAAACUCACAUUCACCUGGCUCUGAUGAACAGAACUGCCUGAGCAAGGUAGCGCUGAACAGGAAUUUAAACGUCUUUACACUUUAUUUUCCCUACAAUUCUCUAUCAAAUCUGUUCUCCGGACUUUUGUUCUUCCAUUUUUAUUCAGUUUUUCUUUCUCUUUCCCCAUUUUGAGGUUUUUGAAAACAACGCCUGUAAUUUUUAUGUAAUCAGUACAUUUGUGCUUACAGUAGACAAACAGAACAUGUAUCUUUUGAUAUUUAUUUUGACAAGUAUUUGUAAUAAUUGUGAGCGCUAAUAUUGUGUGGCUUCUAGUGCUGCAAACUAUUGAUCAUUAACCAUGGCUAGGCUAAAUUCUUUCAAUGAAAUUGAGUAGAGGCAAUCUUUUAGGUUUUAUCCUAAAUGCAGUUGUAAGAUGAAAUCACACAUUAUGCAUUAUGCUCAAACAGACACAAACACACGCACACUCUUGUACUUCUUUGUGAGGACACUCAUUGGCAUAAUGCAUUCCCUAGCCCCUUACCUUAACCUGAACCAUCACAACUAAAUGCCUUACCCUAACCCUUUGAAGGUGUGUCAGAAAAUGUGGACCGUCCAAAAUAUCCAGACUUCCUAAAGUCUAUAAAUCAAACUAGUCCUCAAAAAAAGAUCGUAAGUACACACACACACACACACACACACACACACACACACACACACACACACACACACAGCUCAGAGUAGUUGGCUAGAUUGGCAGAGAUACACAUUUCUUCUGGUGCUGUUUUCUGUUUUAUUAGUCACAUGCUUACUGUACAUUAAAAACACCAUUAACUGAAAAAA